CAUUAAUGGCGCUGCUUGAAUGUUUCGGUUCUAUUCCUCUUUCAGUUUUGUUUAGUGGCUGUUGCAGUUAAAUCCAUAAAUAUAACAAAUGUUAACGCGCGUGGUACUAUUUUACAGCAAUUUCGUGAAUUAUAUUUAAUGAAAAGUGUAAAAUUUCUAAAUAGUAUGACUAAAUAUUAAAAAUUAAGACAUUGCAUGUCGAUUUAAAGAAAAUUACAAAACUUGAGAAUAAAGAACUGUUAAAAAGUGCUGAGUAUAAAGAUUUUGUUCUAGUAUUCUUCGUCUUUGCGUCAUACACUCAGUAGACGAGAGAAUUCGCUAAAAGCGACGCGAGUAAUAAUCGCCCUGCCUUGUGUGCUACUUCGUCUGUUCCAACUCAAACAACUGCAAAAUACAGCGGAUGGUAGGCAUUGCUGGCGCGGCACACGUUUAUUUCAUACAUUUCUAAUUGUAGCCAAAGGUGGCUGCCCUAUAGCCAUCUUUCCUAGAAGUCAAAUAUACGUUGAUAUGGUCGUAUUGAAGUUCUCAGUUUUUAAAAAUGAUGACUACAUUUUUACUAAAGUGGAUAAUAAAUUGAACCUUGAUUAAACGCAACAACUGUGUAAAUAUAUACGGAAAGGCUAUCACGCUAUAUUUACAUACAAAUAUUGGAAGCUAGAAGUUAUUUGGUCAUACGCAAGCAGAUAAAAUUCAUUUACAAGGAUUAAAAAAGCAAUAUUGGUCAAUUAGCUAUCCUGCUAAAAUGGCCACUUCUCCCACUCCCUCAUUGGACUCCAUUCGUGGCUCUAAUUCUAUAGAAUCUUACGGUGAACACACAGGAUAUUUAUCAGACUCUCCGCUUACAUUGAGCGGCUCUUCGCCACCCGUCAGUGACUCAGCUAUUUGUGACGAAUUUACAAGUACAGGAUCGGGAAGCAAUCAACAUCAUCCUAUAUCUGCUUCAGUAUCAUCUUCAUCAUCAUCGUCUAGUAGUGGUUUAAGUGGUUGUGGCAGUACAAGCAGCGCCAAUAGUAAUAAAAGUUGCAAUAAUAUUGGUAACGGUGGUGGUGGAGGAGGGGGGCCUGGUGGUGUUGUUGGAUGUAACAACAGUAAUAAUGGCCCUGGUGUUAUCGGCAGCAAUUUGAAUGGGAAAGGAAGCCCAUGCAAGAAUUUACUUUCGACCAGUAGUAUCGUAAGCGUAUCUACAGCUAAUGGCGGCGCCGUGCCGCGUUGCACCGCUUGCAAGAGCAAACAAUCGGAUGCUGUGGCGAGAUGUUAUGAAUGCAUAAGUUAUCUUUGCGCCAAUUGCGUUACAGCUCAUCAGUUUAUGCACUGUUUUAAUGGUCAUAAUGUUUCACUUAUUAAAGGCUUCGAUACAACUACAAAUAAUGUUACCACCGCAUCAACUACUCCAACAUCAUCGUCCACUUCUACAAAUCUAACUGUCCCUACGUCCUGCAAUCUGGUCACAGCCGAUAUAAAAUUAUCUAGUUCUCUUACUAUGAUGUUACAACAACAACAACAGCAACAACAGCAGCUACAACAACAGCAACAAAUAUCUAAAUCAUUUUCACAGCUCUCUAAAAUGGUAUUAAAUUCGCAUGUCGUGGCUACAAGUAGCGCAUCUCUAUUGGGUGGUGACAAUGGCGAGCAUCUGGAGAAUAGCAGCAAUAGUAGUACACUUUGUGGUAACGAUGAUCUAUUCGGCAAUCUGAUGCCACAACUACGUUCCACAUCCUUUUGUCGCCGACAUAAAAAUGAACCACUGAAAUAUAAUUGCCGCACAUGUGGCAAGGUUAUUUGUAAUGAAUGUGCACUGCAAGAACACCCCGCUGGCUUGCAUGAGACGGAGCUUCUACAAGAGCAUCAACUAUCGACAAUUUGUCCCUCAAAUUCGUCAGCAUCACCUUCCUCGUUCAAUCCUCAACAACAGACCACGUCCGAAUCGGUGUUGCAAACAGUUUUGAGCGAACUGCGGGGUAAGAUUGCCGAAAUUGUAUCACUUGUCAGUAGUAAUUCGGAUAAUAAUUCAAGUAAAAUAAAAAUGCAGUACCAGAAGGCACACAAUGAGGUCAAUGAGACUUAUCAAUUUUUCUGUUCGAUGCUCGAUGAACGUAAACAGGAGGUUUUGAAGGAACUAGAGAGCUUAUAUAAUAGUAAAGUUGCUUCGAGCAGUGUUUCGUUGCAACGCUCUAAAGAACUCAUCGAGAAAGCUAUGCACAUGUGCGAUAGUGUGGAACGUUCACCGAAAACACACAGCGUUGCCGACGUUUUAAUGAUGAGAAAAAUGUUCGAACAGCAAUUGCAAACAGCAUUAAUGGAUAUGCAAUCGCCACUUGAAUUAGAAUUUAUCUCAAAUUACCAAUCCAUACAAGCCGGUGUGCGCAACACUUUUGGUUACAUUAGACCAGGCAAUUCUGAAUCAGUUGGUGCUGUCACAAUGAGUGGUCAAGUUGUGAAGCAGCCUCCUAUUGCCAGACCAACUCAAAGCUCAUCCAAUAGUAAUAGCAACAACAGCGGUCUUAGUGGUGUUGGUUCAAAUCAUUUGCCACUUAGCUUGGGUUUGUCGGCCAGUUUGCUUGAAAACACAUACAACAGUGUCGUGGUUGGUGGUGUCAAUGUUGUAGGUGGCAUGCUUGGACGUAGCGGUAAUCAUAAUAUGAUUGGUAAUGGCGGCGCCGUCAACGCCAAUAACAAUGCAACUUUUGAGGAGUUGAUGGCUAAACGAUACCAUAACCAUUCAACUGGUGUCAACGGCGUCAUCGGAUCUUAUGUUAGUGUUAAUCCUUAUGAAAAAUGGAGCAACGGUGGCAGCGACAAUCUUUUCUCGUCGUCAGAUCAUUUUUCAAGUGCACACCUUCUCAACUCCUUGACAAGCAAUGUGGGCUCUGCUACAGCCGGCAGCGCACUUAGUACACUCAGUGUACAAGGUACUAACGCAUCAUCCGACUCACUAAUCGAUAUGACUUCAAAACUGCUCUCUACCUCCACUUAUCCACCUAAGUCACAAAUCAAACGCCAAAAAAUGAUUUAUCACUGUAAGUUUGGCGAAUUCGGCGUCAUGGAGGGUCAGUUUACCGAACCCAGUGGCGUAGCAGUAAAUGCUCAAAAUGACAUAAUUGUUGCAGACACAAACAACCAUCGCAUACAAAUUUUUGAUAAGGAGGGCAGAUUUAAAUUCCAAUUUGGUGAAUGUGGUAAACGCGACUCUCAAUUAUUAUACCCUAAUCGUGUCGCUGUAGUGCGUAACUCUGGCGAUAUAAUUGUCACUGAACGAUCGCCAACUCAUCAAAUUCAAAUCUAUAAUCAGUACGGACAAUUUGUACGCAAGUUCGGUGCUAAUAUACUGCAGCAUCCACGUGGCGUAACUGUUGACAACAAAGGCCGCAUUAUAGUCGUUGAAUGUAAAGUGAUGCGCGUAAUUAUAUUCGAUCAGAAUGGAAAUGUGAUUCACAAGUUUGGCUGCAGCAAGCAUUUAGAGUUUCCGAAUGGUGUUGUGGUGAAUGACAAGCAAGAGAUAUUCAUAAGCGAUAAUCGUGCACAUUGCGUUAAAGUUUUCAACUAUGAAGGUCAGUAUUUGCGGCAGAUUGGCGGCGAAGGCGUUACCAACUAUCCAAUCGGCGUGGGCAUUAAUGCGAAUGGCGAAAUCUUAAUAGCUGACAAUCACAACAACUUUAAUUUGACGAUCUUCACACAGGAAGGGCAGUUGGUUAGCGCAUUGGAAUCGAAGGUGAAGCAUGCACAAUGCUUUGAUGUGGCGCUCAUGGACGACGGCAGUGUGGUGUUGGCUAGCAAAGAUUACCGUCUAUACAUCUACAGGUAUGUGCAGGUCCCACCAAUUGUAAUGUAAGUGUGGAAUAGCAAACAAAAGAGAAAAUAAGUGGAUGUAACAAAUGAAAAAAAUCCAGAGGCAAACACUGAAAAGCAGGACCGAAACAGUAAUCGUUAAUUGCCAGUAAAUUGAACAUUAAAUAAAUGUUAAGUGUAUGCGGUCGUUGCUCGUUGGCCACUACGACUGAAUACGUACAUAUUUGUAACACUGAUACAGAAUUAUGCAUUGUAUGUACUUAGAGAGUGUACAUAUGUUUGUUGUACCCAAUUGUCCUGCUAAAUAUUUUUUAUACUUCGUAAGCAAGCUACCGCAAAUAACACAUUGCUGGUACACACUGCUUCAAUGACCAUAUGUAGAUUUACUAUUACUGCUUAAAUUUAUUGAGUUUAAUAUAUAUAUAAAAUAAAUAUUAGAAUUAAAUUAGCAAAACUUAAUUUAAAAAUACAGAGACGGAGUUAAUGGUUCUCUUAUUACCUACUAAAUAAUUAUUUGUUAUAUUUAUACUAUUUCCUGGUUCUUAUUUUAUUUCUUUUAUAAUUUAUACAAACUGACUUGUUUUUUUUAUUUGUUUUUUUUUUUUUAAUGAUAAUGGUGUAUGUAUAUUAUAGACAUUUUGUUUCGAGCACAAUAUUAAGAAAUAAUAGUUAUUUUUUUAACUUAGACAUUUUUAUGUUUUUUUUUUACAUACAAUUUUGGUUUUAUUACUUGAACUGAACAAUUCGGUGUACGAGUAUAACUAAAGAAUAAUUAAUAAAAUGUGUAUAACAUGAAAAAGUUCUGCACUAUAAAAUGUUUUGAUAAAAUGUUGAUAAAUAAAUUUUUGAGAACGGAAAGUUAGAUUGGAUAAGAGAGAAAAUAACGUUUAUUUAAACGCAAUGAAGCAAAAAAGUUAAAAAAAAAAUAAUAAUAAUAUUAAAACAAACGAAAAACACAUACAUUUUGGCAAUCAUAUAAGACUUGAAGAUAAUAUAGCGAAUAGUUUGUAAAUUUCUCAGUAGUCAUUUUAUUUAGUUAAAAACAAAGAAGCAUUGAUUGAAAAAAAUAUGCAUUGUAUGAAUUUAGCCGUCUUAUUUGUUUAUUUUUGUUUUUGCAAAUUUUGCAUCGAAAUUGGAAAACACACUUCAUGAUUUAUGUACAUGCAUAUAUGCAACCCAAAUAUAUAGUAAAUGUAUAGAAGUUUUCAUAAAACGUAUGUAUGUAUUAGUAUACAGAAAGGAAUCGGGAAAUAAUUAUGUUAUUAUGGCAUAAGUUUAGUGCUUUUGAACAAAAUAUUUGCUGUUGUUAAAUCUUUGUAGGAAAGUAUGAUAGUAGGCUCGUUCACUUAACAUCCGACAAUGGGCGACAAAGUUUUGUUGAAUCAAAAUACAUAUAGUAUAUACCUACAUACAUACCAAAUGCAGUUACAGAUAUGAAUUGCAAAACACUUACAUACAUAUGUGUGCACUAAAUUAUCGAUAUUGAACAAAUAUUAAUUGCAGAAUUUAAAUUAAAAUGUAGACUCAUAAAAAAAGCUUGAAAAAAGAUGCGAAUUUAAUGCUGCGUAUAUAAAUGUAUAUAUAUAUUUACACAUUCGUUUGUACGUAGACAUUUGUAUGUAGUACUUUUAUGCAAAGUUAUUAGUGGCCAAAUAUUCUUGAAAUGCUAAAUCGUUUGCUGUUUGUCUAUAUGUAUGUGUGAUUGAGAGGUACAUAUGUUUCAGUAAUGUGUACGCACACACUAUCAUACAUACAUGCAUGUAUUAAUUUUAGCUGAAAAGCGAAUUUUGGCUUUCGUUGACUCCUGCUGUUGACAAUUCUAGUACUCUGGAUCUCAACUGCGCGCUUCUUCCAUUUGCAAAAUGGUAAUUACAUACACUUACAGAUUGGUGUCCUCUAGAAUGAAAGUAAAUUUAUGUUAGGAAAAAAGUUGCUGAAUGCGAAUGUGAUUUUGAACAUACCAACCUUCUAUAGCCAGGCUCUAGUUUUUUUUGUACGUUUUGCAAAGAAUAAUAAUUUUUGCAUGAAAUAUUUAGAGUAAAAAUUUGAAUGCAGCUUUUUUUUAUCGAUAUUGUUUUUGUUUUUUUGAAAUGUACAAAAAAAUCCUAUAGCAAAAUGUUAAGAAAUUGUGACCACGUUUUUGUUUUUUAAAUUUUCAAAUUUCCUUUAUAAGUAAAACGCCAGUUUGCAUACACCAGGAAAAUGUUGCAUUUGUAUUAAAACCGCAUUUCAGUUAAAUUGUUUAUGCAAAACACGUAAACUCUGUUGUUAUUGUAAAUUUUAGUAAAUUUUUCUAACUAUAUUGCAUAUUACCAUGUGGUAUGCGUUAAAAAUAAAUGAGUAGUUCGGCUGUAUGCACGCACUGCACACUUUGGAUUUAUUUGAAAAAAAAAAAAAAAAAAAAAAAAUUCAGCCAGAAUUGUGGAUUUGACUUCAAAUUAUUUUCAAUUAAAUUUGUUCAGUAUGGCUGCUUUUGUUUUUUUUUUUUUUGUUUUGAUAACUUAAAAUGUUUUUAAGCUGAAUGUAGUCGUAUUCACAAAUAUUGUAAACAAAAUUCCUAGCUUCUUAGCUGAUUUUGGUGAAACGUAUCUCUUUCGCUAACACAGUUUUAUAUACGAAAUGUUAUGUGUUUUAGGAUUUUUUAUUUAUUUCACGUUUUGAGAGUGCCGAUGAAUAAGAAAAUGUUUUAUCUAACUCCUCGCAAAUAUUUAAAAUAUGGUUUUGCGUUUUUUAGUAAUUUUCUUGAAUGUUGCUCUUUGUAUUUUUUAUAAUUUUUCAGCACAUUACAUAGUCGAGCACCUUUCGAAAUGUUAUGAGUGUUAAAUUUAAUUUUUUUUAUAUUUCAAAACCGUACAGUUCAAUUAUAAAUUGAAAAACAAACAAAAAAAAUGUUUUUUCAACUAAAAUAGUUGUUUCAUAAAUUAGUACACGCUUGAUUUUGCACAAAAUUUGUUAACACAUUUUUAGUGUGUAAAAAAUAUGAAAAUUGAUUUCUCUUGAUAACAAAUCUUUUGUUUCAUUUUCUUUGAAUGCUUUUGGUUGUUGGAAGAAGAAAUACGCUUGUACUCAAUUAAGCGGGAAUAAUCUAGCAAUUUUCACAAUGCAACAUUUCAGUUUUUUUCAGACAUACCGUAAAAUUAGUUAUAUAAAAAUAAAAUCACUUAACUUGCGCAUAUCGAAGGCAAAACAUUUUUUCUAGGAAAUAAAAAUUUAAAUAUCGAUUCUUAUAAAAUAUCCACGUUAAGUCAUAAAGGCAAAUUUCCACUUUUACUUUUUAAUUGCGAAUUUUUAAGAAAUUUGUAUGGGAAGUCCCAUUCGCAAUUUUUGUAAAUAACUAAUAAUGGCUGAUUAAUACGACUCCAACAUCACUGGUAACACUGCGGACCCUUGUGGUCGCUGUGAGAUCUAUUUAGAUCAUCCAGAUAUACCUAACCUAGCAAUGGCUGAUAGAAGCAAAACUUUAAAAUUUUCUAAUUUUUUAAUAAUAAUGGUCUUAGUAGUCGUCGCAUCGAUUUCGAGUUGCAACCGUAGGGAAUUUGUAAAUUUUUCCUGACAUUCUUUUGAUUUAAUAGUCUUUACAAUCCUCUUGAACUUAUCAGUCAGAUCAUUUAUUCAAUGUUACAUACAAAAAGAAGCAACGUUGUUAAAAUAGUUGAAAAAUGCCAUUUUACAGUUAAAAUAUUUCACAUAUAACAAAUUGGUCGCAAAAUUCAGCAAAAGAAACAAUAAAAAAAAUAUUCAUAAAAAAAAGUAUUUAUAAAAGACAACUACGAAGUAACGCUUUUAAGAAUUUCAAACCAUACAAGUGUUGAAAACUUUUUUUACACUACCGAUUCGUACUUUUAAUCAUGAUUAUAUACAUAGUGCAUGUGUGUCAUCUAACAAGCAAAUGCAUACGCAAUAUCGCCAACACAAAAAAAAAAAAAUACUUGUAUAUGCUGUGUUUACGAAUGAUUUUCUUUGUAAUAAAAAAAUAAAUAAGUAAAAUAAACAGCGAAACAAAAAACUAUAGAAUACUGUUAUGAAUAGGAAAAGAAUUAAAAGUUUAGCAUCCACUGCAACACUACCCAACCACUUUUGUAUGCUCACAUAUUUAUGCAUAUUAAAUUUUUGUAUUGUUAUGGUUAUUGGUAUUAUGCCAAUUAACAGUGUAUUUUGUAUGUGUAACUGACAACUACGAAAUACAUAUAAUGAAAGAUUUUAUUAAAAUAAAAUGUUUUUGAAAUUUGGCCAAGUACAGUAAAAUACAUUACUAUUAUAUGAGAGAAGAACAGCAAAUUCCGAAGGAAUAUACAAAUGUGACAAAAUUAUGCAAAAAUCUUAUUUAAAUGUUUGGAAUCAAUCAACACUGCUGCAAACUGACUUAUUACUACAUACAUUUAUCUAACUCGAAUUAUACUUAUUGAACUGUUGUUUAUUAAAUUACCAGUUAUAGAAGGUUUUUAAAAUAAUGGAAUGUUUAAGAAUACAAAAAAUAGUACGGACAAAAGGCACAAAUUAUUAUUAACACUAAAAACUGAAAAAAGCGGCAAAAGAACAUAAGAUUGAUUAUUACAAAACCAAAAAAAAAAAAAACAAACAGUUCGAAAUUCUGUAAGUAGUGUUUAUAUUUUUGAUAAAUGUUAUUAAAACUCCAAAAUGAAAUACUAACUUAAGCUACACAAAAAUGUAGCAAGAAAAAAAACACUGAUAUAAAUAAGCAAAAGUAAAGAAUUAAAAAAGCAACGUUGGUUGUUAAUAUGCUACUAAACUCAUAACCAAAAAAAAAAAAAUACGUUGAUUCCAAAAUAUGCAGACAUUGUAG